AUGCAAGCGGCCACCGCGCUCCCGCGCCCCGCCUCGGCAGCGGCAGCGCCCCCCGCCUCCCCGCCCGCGCCCGCGCGGCCCCUCCCGCGCGCCCGGCGAAGCGUCCUCGUGCGCGCGGCGCCGGCCGAGGCCGACCCGAAGCGCCGCGUCGUCGUGACGGGGAUGGGCGUGGUGUCGGUGUUUGGGGACGAGGUCGACCAGUUCUACGACGCGCUGCUCGAGGGCCGCAGCGGGCUGUCGCAGAUCGAGCGGUUCGACACGAGCGGGAUGCCCACCACCAUCGGCGGCGAGAUCAAGAACUUCGACGUCGGCGACCUGGUGGGCAGGAAGUGGGCAAGGCGCGUAGACACGGUGAUCAAGUACGCCUUGGUGUCCGGCAAGAAGGCCAUGAUCGAGGCGGGGCUUCUGGACAGGGAGACGCUUGAGGUGUCGCGCGAGCUAGACAAGCAGCGGGCCGGCAUCUUGAUCGGGUCGGCGUUUGGCGGGUUCACGUCCUUCGCGGACGCGGUGGAGGCGCAGAACACGCGCGGGUUCCGGAAGAUGAACCCGUUCUGCAUUCCCUUCGCGAUCAUCAACAUGCCGGGAGCCAUGCUCGCGAUGGACACGGGCCUCAUGGGCCCCAACUACCCGAUCAACACCGCCUGCGCGACAGGGAACUACUGCAUCCUGAACGCGGUGGACCACAUCCGUCGCGGCGACGCUGACGUCAUGAUCGCCGGCGGCGCCGAGGCCGCUCUGAUGCCGUCCGGCCUGGCGGGGUUCAUCGCGUGCAAGGCGCUGUCCUCGCGCAACGAGGACCCGGCGGGGGCCUCGCGCCCCUGGGACAAGAACCGCGACGGGUUCGUCAUGGGCGAGGGCGCGGGCGCGCUCGUCCUGGAGUCGCUCGAGCACGCGCAGAAGCGCGGCGCUCCGAUCCUGGCCGAAGUCCUGGGGGGCAGCAUGACGGCGGACGCGUACCACAUGACCAACCCGCACCCGGAGGGCGUGGGCGUGAAGCUGUGCAUCGAGAAGAGCCUGGAGGUCUGCGGGGUGGCGCCGGAGGAGGUGACGUACGUGAACGCGCACGCGACGAGCACCAUGGCGGGGGACAUGGCCGAGUACAAGGCGUUGAAAGCGAGCCUGCACGACCUGGGGAGCACGGCGAAGAUCAACGCGACCAAGUCGAUGAUCGGGCACCUGCUCGGGGCCGCCGGCGCGGUGGAGGCCGUGGCGUCGGUGCGCGCGGUGCAGACCGGGUGGGUGCACCCGAACCUGAACCUGGAGGAGCCCGAGGACGGGCUGGACCUGUCGCUGCUGGCGGGCAAGGAGAAGGAGCAGGUCGACAUGCGCGUGGCGCUGUCGAACAGCUUCGGCUUCGGCGGGCACAACUCGUCUGUGCUGUUCAAGAAGUGGGAGGGGUAG